GCCCGCCGGCCAGCCAGCCAGCCAGCCAUGGGUCACUCCGGAGAGCCGGGCCUCAUAGCCAACGUGGUGAACGACACCUUGGAGUUCUACCGCUGGAGCUGGAGCAUCCGAGAUAAACGUGUUGACAACUGGCCUAUGAUGCAGUCUCCUUUUCCAACAUUGACAAUAAGCAUGCUUUACCUCCUCACUGUUUGGCUUGGUCCUAGAUGGAUGAAGACAAGGGAGCCUUUCCAAUUUCGCUUUUUGUUGAUUUUUUACAACUUUGGAAUGGUUCUACUUAACUUCUAUAUUUUCAAAGAGCUGUUUUUGUCAUCAAGAGCUCGAGGAUACAGCUAUAUCUGUCAGACUGUGGAUUAUUCAGAUAAUGAAUAUGAAGUCAGGAUAGCAGGAGCUUUAUGGUGGUACUACAUAUCAAAAGGGAUUGAGUAUCUGGAUACAGUAUUCUUCAUCCUACGAAAGAAAUUCAAUCAAAUCAGUUUUCUUCAUGUCUAUCACCAUUUCACUAUGUUUACUUUGUGGUGGAUUGGCAUAAAAUGGGUUGCAGGAGGACAAGCAUUUUUUGGAGCUCAUAUGAAUGCUUUCAUUCAUGUUGUUAUGUAUUUGUACUACGGACUAGCUGCCUGUGGCCCAAAAUUCCACAAGUACCUUUGGUGGAAGCGAUAUUUGACCAUAAUGCAAUUAGUUCAGUUCCAUGUGACUAUUGGCCACACCGCCCUGUCUAUUUAUAUUGAUUGCCCCUUUCCUAAAUGGAUGCACUGGGGUGUCAUUUUCUAUGCCACCACUUUUAUUUUUCUGUUUGGUAACUUCUACUAUCGGACAUACAAGAUGCCCAAGCAGCCAGAAAAGAACGGCAAGGUCACCAAUGGUGUUGUAGCAAAUGGUAUAAGCAAACCAGAAAACAGUGCAGUUGUGGAGAAUGGAAAAAUGCCGAAGAAAGCAAAAGGAGAGUAACUUGAUCCAAGCCUUAACCAUUGCGAGCAGUAAGGAGUCUCCAAUCUGGUAGAAGAAAAAAAAGAAACACUGUCCUAUCUAUACCAAUUGACCUUUAGGUUAUUGAAGAGAUAGAAAACAUUAUUUAUGAAGAUUGUUUUAACAACAAAAGUCCUAUUGUAAUUAUGUAAUUAUUAAGACUUGUUAACUUCAUGUAAACUUAGACUGCAGGUGUUGGUAAUGUAAGAAAGAAUUGCUGAAAUUGCAUUUACUGUCAAUCCAAUGGUUAACAUUACAAUUAACCAAGGAUACAACUGAUUUGUUGGAACAGACGUUUCUUUGAAAAAGAUAACUUAUAAAUUCUACCAAUUCUGAUAGAUGUUUUAAGCAAAAAAACCCAAACAAACAAACCUCAAUGAAAAUAUGGAGAGGGAGGUUUGCUCUCUUUUAUAAUAAAGUGUAGUUUCUUAGACUAAAUUAUAUUGCUAUAUUAGGUUGCCCUAAUUUUCCCCUUAUGUCCGUUACAUCAU